AUGGAGUCACCUACACUUACACCGAAUCCUCCGGUACAGGAUCAUACGGCAACCUCAACAGGGACCACCGCCUCUCCCAGCCUCACGUUCAAAGGCGACCUCAUCAUUCUGCCAAACCAUCUAGCCCGCAUCAGCCCUACGUGUGCAUCAAUCGCGGACCCAAGCCAACACACCCUCCACCUCUUCGCCGACGCCUCGUUCCCCGGACACAACUGGCACAAGGGCCCCUCGACGCCGUCCGCGCCAGCAGGCGCCGCCGUCUUCUAUAAGCCGUGGCCGUGUAUAGACCCCGCCGACCCGUGGCACUCCCGCGCAUUCCAGAUCCUCGCAUGCCACAGCCCCCGCCAAGCAGAACUCUUCGCCGUCGUCGCGGCGCUCGAGACGGCGACGCUGCUGGCCCAUCUGAUGCCGGACCUGAGAUGGGUGACGGUCUUUUCCGACUGUCAAGACGUCAUGAACACGCUCGCCGCAGCGGAGGGUUCGUACCCCAGCGCCUUGGACCCCCUCGUCAAACGCGCCUUUGAGGCGUGCGGCUCUCUGCGGGAUGAGAGGGAUAUCAGGGUCGCUGUGUGCUGGUGUCCCGGCCACGUUGGUAUCCUUGGCAACGAAAAGGCCGACGAGCUCUCCAAGGAAAUCCGACGGUACAACUUUAGGCAUUUGGUCCCGGAAGAGCAGCCCACGCGCGUGAGCGGGUAUGAGAUUCCGUCCAAGUAUCUCGAGAGGGCGCGCCGCGGGCACUGGUGGAAGGAUGAGGCAGACUUUGAGUGGACGGCGAAUAUGCCUCGCAAGCGGUUUUAUCCGGUGGCUGCCAGUAGAGAGUGCGACGAGGAGGCCUGCGAAGAGGCAGACGACGAAGAGGCAUCUGAUGAAGCUUACGAAAAUGAGGACUACGACGACGAAACUUACGAUGCUGAAAACUACGAUUACGAAGACUACGAUUAUGACGCCGACGACAAGUUCUCCGACGACGAGGCAUCUUCACGCACGCUCUCGCUGUGCAGCUACUCGUCAGCCACGCAAAGCCAAACAAGAAAGCGCAAGCAUUCGACACCAGGCCUACUAGAGUAUCCCUGCAAGAAACAAAGGACAGGCCGACCCGAGCACGGCACCAAGCAGUCGAGGACACUGGAAGGGACUCGAACUCCAGUCUGA